CCCACAGCCCUUCGCCCUUGGCAGCCCGUCGCCGCCUCUCUGGGCGCCUCCCCCCCCCUACCCCUGUCUCCCCGAAAACGCGUCCGGUGAAGGUGGAGGCCGGGCGCCCGUCGCAAGCCGCCGCGGUCGGGAGAUGGUUCGGGCCUAGCGGAGCCGGGACUGGAGCAACAUGAACCGUGAGGACCGGAAUGUGCUGCGCAUGAAAGAACGGGAAAGGCGGAAUCAGGAAAUUCAGCAGGGUGAAGACGCCUUCCCACCCAGUUCCCCUCUAUUUGCUGAGCCAUACAAAGUUACUAGCAAAGAAGAUAAAUUAUCAAGUCGUAUUCAGAGUAUGCUUGGAAACUACGAUGAAAUGAAGGAUUUCAUAGGAGACAGAUCUAUACCAAAGCUUGUUGCAAUUCCCAAGCCUACAGUACCACCAACAGGAGAUGAGAAAUCAAACCCAAAUUUCUUUGAACAGAGACAUGGAAGUUCUCAUCAGAGUAGUAAAUGGACUCCGGUAGGACCUGCACCCAGCACUUCUCAGUCUCAGAAACGGUCUUCAGGCUUACAGAGUGGACACAGUAGCCAGCGUGCCAGUGCAGGUGGUAGCAGCAGCACUAAUAGUGGCGGUCAGAGGCAUGACCGUGACUCAUACAGCAGUAGCCGGAAGAAAGGCCAGCAUGGAUCAGAACACUCCAAAUCACGAUCUUCAAGUCCUGGGAAAACCCAGGCAGUUUCUUCACUAAGCUCUAGUCAUUCCAGGUCUCAUGGGAAUGAUCACCAUAGCAAGGAACAUCAGCGUUCCAAGUCUCCUCGGGACCCUGAUGCCAACUGGGAUUCUCCUUCCCGUGUACCCUUUUCAAGUGGGCAGCACUCAAAUCAGUCUUUCCCACCGUCGUUGAUGUCAAAGUCCAGUUCGAUGUUACAGAAACCCACUGCUUAUGUUCGUCCCAUGGAUGGACAGGAGUCCAUGGAACCCAAGCUGUCCUCUGAGCACUACAGCAGCCAGUCCCAUGGCAACAGCAUGACUGAGCUGAAGUCCAGCAGCAAAGCACAUCUCACCAAGCUGAAAAUACCUUCCCAGCCACUGGAUGCAUCAUCAGCUUCUGGUGAUGUGAGCUGUGUGGAUGAAAUUCUUAAAGAGAUGACGCAUUCAUGGCCUCCCCCUCUAACGGCUAUUCAUACACCAUGCAAAACAGAGCCUUCCAAAUUUCCUUUUCCAACUAAGGAGUCUCAGCAGUCCAAUUUUGGCCCUGGGGAACAAAAAAGAUACAACCCUUCUACUAAAACUUCAAAUGGUCACCAAUCAAAGUCUAUGUUAAAAGAUGACUUAAAACUAAGCAGCAGUGAAGACAGUGAUGGGGAACAGGAUUGUGAUAAGACAGUGCCAAGGAGUACACCAGGAAGUGGUAAAAGCUGGUUAGAUGGGGAAAAAAAAAUCAGACAUAGUAUCUGCUGUUUUCGGUUUUUUGUCCAGAAUGAAGAUGAUAGCCGAGCCAAUGAGAGCAAAAAACCCAAAACAGAAGACAAGAAUUCAUCCAGCCACAAGACGCCCAGCAGCAGAGAAUCAUCUAAGCAGAGUGCUGCAAAAGAAAAGGACUUGUUACCUUCACCUGCUGGGCCUAUUCCUUCAAAAGAGUCAAAAACGGAGCAUAGCUCUCGGAAGAGGACUAUUAGCCAGUCUUCUUCCUUAAAGUCAAGCAGUAAUAGCAACAAGGAAAAUAGUAGCAGCAGCAAAAGCAAUUCCUCCGCAUCAAAACAGAAAAAGACUGAAGGGAAGACUUCCAGUAGUUCUAAGGAAGCUAAGGAAAAGGCUCCAAAUAGCUCCUCUAACUGCCCUACAACUACACCAACUCCUGAGGCUUCUAAGCCUCGGAGAACAAAGCUUGUCUUUGAUGACAGAAAUUAUUCAGCAGACCAUUAUUUACAAGAAGCAAAAAAGCUAAAGCACAAUGCAGAUGCAUUGUCUGAUAGGUUUGAGAAAGCAGUAUACUAUCUGGAUGCUGUGGUAUCUUUCAUUGAAUGUGGGAAUGCCUUAGAGAAGAACGCUCAGGAAUCGAAAUCUCCAUUCCCUAUGUAUUCAGACACAGUGGAGCUCAUCAAAUACACUAUGAAGUUAAAGAAUUAUUUGGCUCCUGAUGCUACAGCUGCAGAUAAAAGACUCACAGUGCUUUGCCUGAGAUGCCAGUCUUUGCUGUACCUAAGAUUAUUCAAACUGAAGAAGGAAAAUGCUCUCAAGUACUCAAAAACACUGACAGAGCACCUAAAAAAUUCUUAUAAUAAUUCUCAAGCACCAUCACCUGGUUUGGGAAGCAAAGCUGUUGGGAUGCCUUCCCCAGUUUCCCCAAAGCUGUCACCAGGCAAUUCUGGAAGUUACUCCUCUGGGGGCAGUAGUGCUUCAGCAAGUGGUUCUUCAGUGACCAUUCCGCAGAAGAUCCACCAGAUGGCAGCCAGCUAUGUUCAGGUUACCUCUAAUUUCCUCUAUGCCACCGAAAUUUGGGACCAAGCUGAACAGCUUUCCAAAGAGCAAAAAGAAUUCUUUGCUGAACUGGAUAAAGUAAUGGGUCCUCUCAUCUUUAAUGCAAGCAUCAUGACAGAUCUAGCUCGUUAUACCCGGCAGGGACUACACUGGCUUCGCCAGGAUGCCAAGUUGAUAUCUUGAACUGAACACAUUCUCGUUGCCUCUGAUUUUCUCCACAACACUGUGUCACAUCACGAAGGAAAACUGCCAUAACAUGCCACCUAGUCGACACUAAGAAUGAGGAAUGGUUUCUCCUCCUUGGUUUAUGUGUUGUUUUUUAUAACCCAAAGCCAUCAUAUCAAUUGACCCCUUCAGUAUUCCCAGUGUGAAAAACUUAUUUAAUUGCUUUUCAGUCUGCAGCACAUUGAUAAGGUAGUUUUAUUGAUCUCCUAAGAAGAUUGAAGUUCCAGUUGCAAUUCGUAAUUAAUCAAGUGAAAAUUAUUUAUUUUAAUAUUUGUAAGUUCCCAGACUGGGGCUUCUUUAAAACUUAUUUUUUUGACUAUAAAUUUAUUCUGUUGAAUAUUUAGUGUAAAUCUAAUAUAGGCCUUUUUAUUUAUGUAUUUGGGGAGUUUUGUUACCUAAUGUCUUUUUGUGGUCACUCUACCAAGAGUGAGAGUUGAUUCAUCUAAAAUAGGGACGUGUUCUUGCUACACGUUCUAUCUAUUAUUUCAGUUCUUAACUACAAUUUUAUUAUUGUAGAAUUUAUGCUUAGUGUUACAGUUAUUCCUCUACACAUGAAAGAUCAUUUAAAUAUGAAAUGGCAUUGUAUGUGGUUGUAAAAUGAAAUAUGUCUGAUUUGAUAUGCAUUAUUUCAAAAACUGUGAACAUGUUAAUAACACUACACCAAUCACAAGGUGACUAUAACAUACUUUUAAUGCAUUACAAAAGAGCAGGUAUAAAACUUUCUAGGAAUAUAUCAUAUUGAAAGGUAUCAUAAAAGGACAAUCUUAAACUAUGAAUUUUAUUAGGACCAGGUGUUCAUUUUUGUUGCUAGUUAUUUGACACUUAAUUGAGCAGAAUAAGUUACUCUUGUUCAAAAACAAAAUUGCUCCAACCCAAUGGGGGUUGCUGCCUAUGUCUCUUCAGUUGAUGAUGUUUGAAGGUUAAUGAUCUCUUUGCAGAUUUUUCCCCCACAGUAGAGUGUGACACUCCUGAAGAAAGAGCUUGCAGGGACUGAUAUGGACGUGGACAGGCACUUUGGUGUAUCUGCUUCCACUGUACAGCCAACAGUUCUCAUGCCUCACGUUGGGAUGAUGAGUUUCCCCUUUUUAAACGCCUUCAUCAGUGAUGCAUGUUUCUGAUGGAAUCAGAAAAUUCACACUAGAAAAGUGUACCUAACUUGGUUCAAUGUGAGUUCUCUUGGAAAGGGGAAGAGAGCAAGGGUAGAAUUUAAGAAGGCAGCUCUGUAAGAAACAUAUAUCAAAGUACCUUUCCCGACAAGGUGCACAUAGGACUCAAGAGUGAGAAAUAUAUCCUCCUCUGUACUUUGUUUUUAGUGCCCCUAUCACGUUUGGCGUGCCUUAAAUCUUACCUUUUAAUGGAAGACUCUCCAGAUUGUUUACAGAUGAUGUUUUACAUUAGGACUAGAUCUUCUAUACAUGGUUGGUCCUCUAGAGUAAUAAUUUUAAAUUCUUUCAUUUAAAGCUUCUUAUAAAGUCAUGUAAGGAUUUAAUUUCAGAAAAACUCAUGUUUUGGUAUAUGACUUAGUCUAACCAAUUGGAUAAUGCUGCUUAAAAAAAUAACUUGUUCUCAUUCUAAAAAAGAAUCCAUCCAAUUGGACAAAGGAUUGCCGUACUACUUGUAGAUAAUUGCUAAGACUUGAAAUAGGAAAAGGGGUAAAAGGGAUAGAAAAUUCUCCCAAGUUCCCGUGGUGCAGUGAGUCUUUUAAACUUAUUUCUGAAGCUUAGUGAACUUUUCUCUUUCCUUGUUUUUUUUAAUUAGUGUAAAUUGUACAAGGGGUUUCAUUGUGAUACUUAAACUUUGAUCAGAUUCACCACAUCUGUCUAUCUUCUACAUGAAGCUGGUGAACUUUCAUUGUCCUGCAGCCUCAGACUUACUAUAGAGCUGCUCAAUCGUCUCGUACCUCGUUAUUUUUACAUAUCAUUUGAAGAUUGAGAUCUACAAAUUAAGAUGAAUUUACCUUGUUUUCCUGUAGAGAAGUUGCUUCUGGUAUUUUUCUAGUUCAAUGUGUUCCAGGAACAGUUUCUCUUCAGAGGACAACUUUUCAGCAAUCACAGUAGUCAUUUAGUAAGACAUGAGGCUGGUUAACUAAGUAUAUUUAUGUCCUGUCCUCUGAUUUCUCUAACUCUAAUUCCUUGAUUUGUAAUGAUGUCCAAAAAGUGGAAGGAGCAAAGGUUGUUAGGUUUUUUAGGCUUCAGCAGCCACAGCCAACAGGGCACCUCUGGAUUUCAGUACAUUCUAUCCUCGUGUGUGUCCUGCUUGGCGGCAGUGGGAGCAUUCAGAGUCACAGUGCUGUGGUGUUUAAGCAGAGUUUCCUAUGUGUUUUAUGGUGCUGCCCUAAGAUAUUUUCUCUCUAAAACUGUAUUAAUUCUUGGAGAAUGUGUUAAACAGCUUUUCAUUGUGGAAGGGGGCAAUGGAUCAAAAUCCUAAGUAAUUGAAUUGUCAAUGUUGUAGACUGUGAGACUCCUCCUCCUCCUCUGUGUCUGUCGCCUCAGAUGUCCAGUCUGCAUCGUCUCCUCCAGCCACCUACCUUGGACUCUCUUACAGGUGACCAUUCCUCCCACCUCAGUAGAGGGGUCCUUGGUGUUUUCCAACCAUUUAAUCCUGAAUUUGACAAGUGGCUACAAACUUACUUAGUCUAAGACUUGUAUCUAGUAUCCAGUUAACUACAGAAAUAGCAACUAUUUUAAAAGUUACUCUGUUGACUGCUCUUUAAGACCACACUUGUAUGCCAGGAGGCAGCAGCCUGCACUACUGGACUCUUCAGGCAACCAGCAGACCAGCUGCAGUGGAUCACAUUGCCACAGUAGUUUUGCCCAGGUUAGGCUGGGCUAGGGAGGGGGUAGGAAGGCCUCUCUUCUAGGCGAUUCAAGCUUGCACAGCUCAGCCGCAGGCCCCAGUCUGGCUGCAAAGCAUCCAGCCCUUUCCUUGUCCUUUUUCUUGACAAGGAGUCAAGAAGUGACCAUAAACAGUGCAUACUUCAGAUACCUGCACAACUACAGCUGUUGAAGAACAAAGAAGAUUGACCACUACUGAUUUAAUUCUCCAGUAUAAAAAACAAUUUAAUGUGUGCACGUGCCCACACACGCCUUUUUUUUUUUUUCUGUUUGUUUGUUUCCUGGGGAACUCUUGCACUAGGGAUCCAUAGACCUCUAGGCUGCACUUUGAAUGACACACUUGUGGCUUUAGUAGAUUUCACUGUGGGUUCUUUUGUUUGUUUGUUUGUUUUGCUGUUGUUUUUAAUUAUCGUUUCUUUCCAUUCAAGGUUUGACUCAGCUAGAUCAGCUAGAUCAUUUUAUAUUUAAUGGCAGAAACUUUGGUACCUUGGUGUUUAAUGAGUGAGUGAGCUUGCAUUGUGAGACAUCUGGUUCUAAGCGCUGGUCCUGGGGCCAGGGCUCGGUGGAGUUUCAGAGCAGCUAGUGAUGUCUAGCUGUGUCGAGGAGGCUUACGCUGUGCACUCUUCUAGGUAUAAAGGUAUACAACUUUGGAUCUUAAAAAUUAUGUACACAUACACACUUUAUAUAUAUAUAUGUAUGUAUGUAUGAAAACAUGAAAUUAGUUUGUCCAAAUGUGUGUGUUUAGUAUUUUAGCUUAGUGCAACUAUUUCCACAUUAUUUAUUAAAUUGAUCUAAGACACUUUCUUGUUAAUACCUUGAAUAUUAAUGUUCAAGGGUGCAAUGUGUAUUCCUUUAGAUUGUUAAAGCUUAAUUACUAUGAUUUGUAGUAAAUUAACUUUUAAAAUAUAUUUGAGCCCUUAUGUAGUGUAAUACAGGGCUCUUACAGGGUGGGAAGGAUUUAAUUUUCCAGUAGCUAAUUAAACAAAAAAGCUUAUGUAUUUUGAUUUAUAAUAGGAGUCUAUUUAUAGGCGUUUGGGUCCCAGGAACAUUUACUGGUACUGGGGAUGCCUGUUUUAGGCAGAUUGUGAUGAUGCUUUAAAAAACAAAAAAAAAUAAUAAUAAAAGCCUAAGUAACUUGGGGAGCCAGAGCAUUUCAAAUCCAUGUAGACUCCUGUAACUCAUAUUCCCCCUUCCCUGGUUCCAUGCAAUGCAGACUUCAUUUCAGCUUCACAUAUCAGUGUGUGAGAGGCAGACUUUCUCCCAAUAAUAAUAUUACGCACAUAAGGUUGCUAUUCAGCAAAUAGAAGAUGGAAGAAAUAAUCAUUGAAACUGAAUGACUUAGAAGAUAACAGUGACAAAAGGCCAAAAUAGUUAUGUUUGACAACAUACCUUUCAUAUAUUUGCUAAUGGAAAAAUUGAGUUAGGACUUCCAGGCCCUAAAACCAAGCUAGCAAGUGAUAGGAAGUCAGUUAUUAAGAGUUAAUAAAGGCAUACUCAUCUACUAAUGAUAUUUCAUAUGAACCCCAUAGUUGGUUAAUUAAAAGGAACUUGGGGGUUGAUGUAUGGCUCAAGUGAUAGGGCACUUGGGUUAGCAAGCUUGAGGUUCUUAAUUCACACCCUAAUACCACCAAAAACAACAACAGUAAAAACUUUGCUGACUCUAGAACUGAGAAUAGAAAGAGGAGCAAACUCUGGUUUUAAUGGAAUUUGGUUGCAGAAUAGGGUAUUCCAGUUGUCAGCCAAGUCAGAAAGACAAUUAAGUAUCCUAAAAUAGCAGCCUAAAUAGCCAUCAUGUAAAGCACUGGUUUUCAGGAAUGUCUGCAUGGACCUCUCCUUGCUACCAUUCUUCAGCUAACUGUCAGUUGCCAUUUUGAGAAAGAAAGCCGUCUUUUAAGUGAGCAUUUUAGAAAAGCUCUCAGCCAGAAAUUCUAGUAACAUUUAAUUUUUGCCUCAUACUGCUUCCAUGUAGGGUUUCUUCUCAGUUUUUCACUAUUGGAAUUCUCUACCUACUAUGUCCCUAUCUGGAAAGUAUCUAUUUGGAAAUGCUGCCUUUCAAGUCAAUGCCAUGAUGAAUCCAUAUUGUUGAGUUUGUUGUUGCUGUUCAAGAAGUGUCCCCAUUUUACAACUUCAUGCACACACCUGGCCAAUCACUGACAUGAGCAUUCAACAGUACUGGGAUUUAAAAGGGGGAGGGAGGGGGAGCAGCGCUCACCAACAGAGAUGGCUCAGUGAGGGCCAGCUGUGGGGUUGGUAAGCACAGUUAAGAAUAUUUCUAGCCUCCGUUUUGAAUGGUUUUAAGAAAUUUUGUAUAUGGAGGAUAGAAAUACUUAUAUAUUUAUUGAAAAUCCUUUUAUUUGAAUUUAAAAUUAUUUGGUAAAUAAUGAUUUGAUAUGGGUGGGGGGGUUAGAGGGGAGGUAACACUAUUGACAAACAAUAAGUCUGUUGGUUCCACAGAAAGGUACUGUUAAUGACUUAAAUAGGAUGCCUUUGUUUUGUACAUGAUCGAAAACUUCAUUUUACAUUUCUUUUAUUCAGAAUAUUUAGGCAUCUGACAUUUGCAACCAAAAUUUCAAUUAUAUACUGUGAUUUUUAUUUGUUGCAAUACAUUAAAAUUUUAGAGGUACUUCGGGGCUCAGACGCUAGGAUUUCUAAGUCAGUAUGUGCAUUUCACCUAAUAAAGCUGUUAAUGGUGAGCAAAGUAUUAUAUACUAACUAGAUUUUUCCACAUCUGUAUAGUAUAUUAUAUGUAUUUUGUGGUAUUGAGAUUAUAGAAAGUUUAGAGUGUCAAACAUGCGUUUAAUGUGUAUUUUUAAACAAAUUUAUGGCAAUUAAAAUAUUUGGAGACAAGGGUAUCACAUUUCAAUUUGUAAAAAUCUUUUUAACUCUACUGUGUCAUUAAGAUGCUUUGUAUAAUGCCAAACCAUAGCUGGAGAAACUAAGUUUAAUAAAUAUCAAAUAGAUUUUCUGUA